CAAUAAUUUCACAAUCAGUCCUUUACCAAAAACCCUCCUUCUCCUCCUCUGAACAUAAUAACGGAGUUCCCAGAUACAACGGCUUUUGAGCAUGACAUCAAGGAUGAUAAAACAUAUAUGUACUCGUAGCAAUCCGACAGUAUUAAGGUCGCUUACUCGUUUAUCAUCAAUAGUCGCUACUCAACAGCAGAGGAAAGUUCAUACACAGAACAACGAGGCAAGCCAAGCUGCAGUUGCAACUGCAACAAUAGGCGGCCGUACCACCAUACAUAGUCAUGGUUCAAUCUCAUUGCCAUUGUGCUCAACCUCUUCAAUGAUGCCCAAGAAUGAGUUUGAUCCACCUACACAGAUAUCCAAGAUCAACACUCAUUAUUGCAGGGAGCCACAGUUGGUCAUGAUCGAAGGAUUCGGCUUACUUCAAGGUCAAAUGGAUCCGAGUCGAGUAUUGACAAAGUAUCUGAAUGUCCCUUUUGCGACUGUCCAUGAUCCUUACGACCAUGCAGUGGCUCCAGAGCCUUGGAAAGGUAUUCGUGAUGCGACUAUUCUCGGACCAAUGUGUCCUCAGGAAACCCAAGCCUCCAACAAUCUCUCGACUAUGAUGAAUGGGAUACCCGGGCCAGGCUUUGGAUUCUCGGAGCGAGAUUGUCUGAAUCUGAAUAUCUUUGCACCACGUUGUACGCACUAUGAAAAUGUGCCCGUCAUCUGUUAUAUCCACGGAGGAUUGAGUCAUGGUGGAAAUGCACUUCCGAAAUAUGAUGCAACUAAUGUUGUUAAGCAAUCUAUUGCUAAUGGAACGCCUGUGAUUGUAGUCACCAUCAACUACAGACUUUUACCAUCUACAAAAUUGCUUGAAAGCUCAUCAUCGCUAUCAUCAGGAAGAGAGGAAGAGAGGGAGAAAGUGGACUGGGGACUUCAUGACCAAAGGCUUGCAUUGGAAUGGGUUCAUAAACAUAUCCACAAUUUCGGAGGAAAUCCAAAGGAAGUAGCUUUAAUGGGUCAUUCCAGUGGUUCAUCCUCUGCGGGAUACCAUCUUUUGAGUGUUAAGCAGCAUGAAGGCUUAUUCAAGAGGGUAAUCAUGCACUCAGAUGGACUAUCAUUACGGAAAGCCACUAAUGAUCAAGUUGACCAGCAGCAGCAAAAAUAUGUCUCUACGCAGCCUCGGCAUGAUGCUCUUUCACAAAACAAAACCUUUCCUUUGACUUGUCCAGAACAAAAGACAGUCUAUUCUCAGUCAGAGCUUAGUUAUAUGAAAACGGUUGAUAUCGUUAAGAUAGACAGAGAGGUGCAGGAGAAGAGAGGGGAGGAGGGAGGUGAGAAUGUAGGAAGUAGCACAUCAUUCUCAUUCAUGUCUGAUAGAUGCCUGCCUUAUAUGUCUGAGCAAGAGAAACGAGCAGGUUUUUGUACUAUCGAUCAAUGGGUCAAAUUCGCUUGGGGCCAAGUAUAGUACCAAUGAGAAAGAAUUAAAAUCAG